GCUCUGUCUCUGAGCCUGCUGAGAAACUAGUCUGGUGGUUUUCAGUGCAAUGCAGCAGGUGACCUGUGCAGGGACUGAACUGACACAACCGUGGACCUGAAAUUGCAGUAAAGCAGGUAUCAAAGGGAUGGAACAGCUAUUCUGGCAUCGGUACUUCCAUGCUUUGCUCAUCUGAGAAAGGGAAAAGAAAAUGGGAUAAGGGAAGGUGCUAAGGUAUUAAAGCCACGGGCCUAAGCUGAGAUCUUGGAGCCAGUCCCUUGUGAAAUCCCAGUCCAAAGUCUGAGAUGAACCUUUUGAGACUACUUCUGAGUGCUGGGCUGAUACUCUUUGCAGUGACAGCUACAGGACUGCAUAUUAAGCCCCGAGAGGGCAGUGUUGCUGGAGGAACAUGGAUUACUAUUACCCUGCCUGGUUCAACAUCUCACCAGCUAGAGCAUGCCUCCUCAGCCAGUGGGUCCCAGCUGGAGGUGUCCCUAGUGAAUCCAGGCCUGCCGAGGUUACCCUGUGAUGUCUCUCCUGUAUAUUUUGAUUUAUCCACCAUAAGAUGCAGAACAAGGUCUUCACCUCAGGAAGGUUUGUACUAUGUGGAGGUGAUCGGUGAAGGACAGGUGAUUAACAAUCUGACUGGGGUGGAGAAAGACAGCUAUACUUUCAAGUUCUCUGCUGCGCAGACACCUGUGGUUUACCAAAUUAGCCCACCAUCUGGCGUCCCAGGAAAUUUAAUAGAGCUCUAUGGGAAGACAAUUACUGGAAGAUAUGAAACCCUGGACUUCAAUGUUGAUUAUAUUGAUGGCCCAGCUAUCCUGGUGGCAGAAGGAGAUGGAUGGACCAGUGUCUGCUCUUUUGCUGACAAGCAAGCAGGAAGCAUCUAUCCUAUUCGGGUGGAAGACGGACUGGGGACCCUGCAGUGCCGGGUGGAAGGCAGCCACAUAGGGUCCCACAAUGUUAGCUUCUCAGUGUUUAACAAAGGAAGAUCAGCAGUACACAAAGAUUCUUGGCUCAUCAGUGCCAAACAGGAGCUUUUCUUGCAUCAGACACAUUCAGAAAUAGCCUCUGUGUUUCCAGCUGCUGGAAGUCUUGGAGGAGGCACCGACCUCACUAUCAUGGGGGAUUUCUUUGAGGAGCCAGUGCAGGUCUCUGUUGCAGGUGUCCACUGUGAAGUCAAGCACCUUUCUCCCCAGAAGAUCAGCUGCACCACUGACCCUGUUGGCAAGGGCAGGAGGCUUGCAGCCCCUCAGCCAGGAAACAGAGGGCUUCUCUUUGAAGUCUGGGAUGAUGCCUCUGAUCUGACAGAAGCAGGCCCUGGAUAUAGAUGGCAGUUUGUACCUAAUGCCAGUUCCCCAGUAAGAUUUCUGUCUGGGGCAAAGCAGUCAUUCAGCUCCAGACUUCGUGGAUUUUUUGUGGCUCCUCAGACCAACAAUUACACCUUCUGGAUUCAGGCAGAUGGUCAGGCAUCUCUGUACUUGAGUUUAUCCCAAGAUCCAGGAUGUAAGGUAAGAAUAGCUUCUAUCCCUGCGGGCAGUUCUGAGUGGUUGGAACACUGGGAGAAGAACUGGAGUGAAAGCUGGCAGCCAAAAUCCCCCAAAUUUGAGCUAACUGCUGGCUCAAGGUACUACCUGGAAGCACUGCAUCAUGGCAAGGCACCCAACAGCGGGAUGAGAGUGGGCAUCCAGAUACACAACACGUGGCUGAAUCCACACGUGGUGAACACCUACUACCUGGAGAGACAUGAAAUCCGGGCUUGUGCCUUGCGACUUCCAGAAGUGCAGAUGUUGACUGUAUCGGGUACAGGGUGGUUCAGCAUCUCCUGGAACAAUGUAUUCAGCAACAUGAUUCCCACAAAUGCUACUGCUCACCAGGUACAAAUAGCAAUAGAGGAACUUCUUUCAGUAGGAUGUGAAACUGAGCCAUCUUCUGCUAAAAUCCUUUUCCGGAAUGGCUUUGAGAAAGAUACAAAGGACUCUGUCACCACGGGAAGCAUCACCAGUGGGACAGAGCCCUUCUGUGGCAGGUUCAGUGUUCACAGACCAGAACAGCUGGUGAAAACUUCCCCAUCAACUUUACUGAGAUAUGAUCUCACUGAAUACACACAUGUGUGUUUUGCACAUAAAGGACAUAUGAGCAAAAUCCUUCAUAUCUCAGUAUCCUACACCAAUGUCUCUUUCCAUUCAGUGAAGAGGAACCUCACCUGCCAGUGGGAUUUUAAUGAGAGUCACCUAGAAAGCUGGACGUUUAGCUGCACUGACCUCUGGAACGAGUGUGUGAAUCGGUCCGCCCUCCUCCAGGACCUCUCUGAUGGUUCCCCGGUGUUUGUGCAUCAGAUUGAUUUGCCGAUCCCUGAAAUGCUAAAGGAGACCUCCCAGUCAUUUUACCUUGACGAACUCAUCAUCACAGACAGCAAUGUGACUGUUUCUCAGAGGGAUCCCAAACCACCUCAGCCAGAUGGGAGGACAAUUGAAGAAGUAACUGUGGUGGGGUCUUCUCCCACUUACAACGUGUCCUUGCUGGUGGCUGGUUGUGGUGCAAGUCUGCCUAUUCUCUCACUAAGAGGUGCUUUGCUUUUGGAUGGCUCUGAGGAAGACGGCCACCUCUCUGUCACCACGGAGGAUGCAAGAAUCAACCUCACUGUUCAGAGACUGCAAAAGUCAUCUCCACCUCUUGGAGGGACCUUCCACAUCCACCUGGCCAAUACAGUGAUAUCAGGUGUCUCAGUGCACAUUUCCUCCCAUCAUCUCCACAGGCUUUUGCAAGACAACACGGAUAACUCUACAGCCCCAUACUUCAACAUCAGUGAUUUCACAGUGAUCAAGGACUCAAACUCUUGUUAUGAAAACAUCUGGACCCUAACCUGGAAAACAAAAACCGGGGACUUACCCAAUGUUAUUAGUGUCUCUGAUGAAAAACUCACUGGUCUGAACCCAACUGUUGCUAGUCGUGUGGUUUAUGAUGGGGGUGUGUUUAUUGGGCCAAUAUUUGGAGAUAUGCUUGCUACCUUCAAUAACAAAACACAGGUGGUGGUGGUGGUGAAUGAUGUCCUCGCAAACUGUUCUGGUUCGUGCUCUUUUCAGUUCUGUGAAGAAGUGACACCCUUAGUCAGUGAUGUGGAAUACUUGCCAGAUGAUGGAUCCCAGGCUACGGUAGUUAUCAGGGGAACUGGCUUCACUGAGGAGAAGCCAGCACUCCAGGUGGAGGUGAACAACUCAACCUGCCAUGUCAUAACCUUGAAUGAAACCAAAGUGGUUUGCCAGAUGGAGAGGCUGCCAGUCGGAGUCUACCAGGUGACAUUACUGGUGAGACCUUACGGCUUCGCACUCAACGUCAGCACAGGAGAAGGCAUCUUCCUAAGAGCUGAGUCCAAGCUUGUGGCCAUUGAGCCUCCUACAGCUUCAGAGAUUGGAGGACUGAGAGUGGCUCUCAGAGGGACCGGUCUGGAAGGAAUAAACCUGGUGUUGUUUGGAUCUCAGUCUUGCCCAAUUUUCGAGAAUGCCAGAAAUUCAACAAGAAUUGAAUGUAAAGUUCCCUCUCGGGGGAUAGAAGAUGCCGUUGUCCCUGUGACACUACUGUCUGGACACUUGUCAACAACAGUCACCAACUUAUUCCAGUAUGAUCCUUCUUUAAACCCUGUGGUCGUAUCACUGAGCAGAAACAGAAGUGGCAUAGCAGGGGGUCAGGAACUCCAGAUUGGAAUAUCCUCAUUUGCCAGCUACCGAGGGUCAGAUAUCAAGGUCCAAAUUGGGCUCUUGUGGGCACAAAUUCAGGCACAGACUGACCAUGGUGUUAAUGUGACGCUUCCAGCUCUGUCUGCAGGAUGGUACAAUGUUUCUGUCAUCAUCAAUGGUGUUGUUGUUGCUGCUUCACAUAGGAUUGAGCCGUUAAUCCAAUACGUCUCCGAGAUCUUCAGCAUUGAGCCAUGUUGUGGCUCUUUACUGGGUGGAACACUGCUGACAAUCUCUGGGGUGGGAUUUAGCCAAAACCCUGCCCUGGUUUCUGUUUCAAUGAAUAGGCAAACCUGUAUGAUUAUCCACUUGGCAGAAGAGACCAUUCAGUGCCUGACCCCACCAGCUGCUAAUUUGUCUAAUGAAGACUCAGAAGACAUCUCCGUUAGGGUAAAUGUGCUCAUCAACAGUAGGUCACUUCAACAUGCUCCUUUUGCAAAGAAGACCACUGUUUUUAAUUAUCAAAGGACUUUGACUCCUCUGAUCACUACUGUUGAAAUGGAGGUCACAGACAGCAGCCUGCUCUUGAGCAUCCAAGGGAUAAACAUCACUGGAUCUGUGGCUAAACUUGGGGAAAAUGAAUGUGAGCUUGAGUUUCAACAUGGCAACAAUUCUGCAAUGCACUCCCAGUGCUCCUUAUCGCUGAACAACCUGGAACCUGGAACUUACCCCAUCAGGGUUAUCCAGAGGCAGCUAGGAUAUGCUCGCAUGGCAGCAAGGCUGCAGUCCCUUACAGUAACUCCACAGGUAACCUCUGUAUUCCCAACACAAGGAUCAAUAUGUGGUGGGAUGGUACUUAUUAUAUCUGGCACUGCUUUAAAAUCCAAGAGGAAUUUGGUACAGGUGAGCAUGGAAGGUAACUAUUCCUGUGAGAUCCAGAACUCUGAUGAUAAUGCCAUUAGGUGUUUUCUUCUUCCAGGAGCCCAUCCUUUACCUUAUGAGAGGUUGACUGAGACAUCCUGGGCUCUUAAUGUCACAGUGACUGUCAAUGGGAUCAGCAGUGUCUGCCUUGGAGAUUGUACCCUCCACCUGCAUGAACAGUGGACUCCUUUUGUAGAUUUGGUGACCUGGGAAACUAAUGGGACAUUCACUUAUAUGAUGAUCAAAGGACAGAGACUGGCAUGGCUAAGUGACAGCCCUGUGGUACAUGUGAACAAUCAAGCUAUCUGCAAGGUAACUUUCUGGAAUGAGACCAGCAUCAAGUGCCAGACAGAUUGCAUUGCCCCAGGGAAGCACAACAUUUCCAUAUCCAAUGGGAGACGUGGGCAAGCGUGCUUCAGAAGGGCAACUGAGGUUCUCACUGUCGUGCCUCAGGUGCAAAAGUUUUACCCCCAAAAAUUCAGUACUAAUGGUGGAGGCCUGCUCACCUUAGCAGGCUCAGCACUGAAAGGAAAGAACAUGACUUCUGUUCUCAUUGACCAUCAUCCUUGUCUCAUUCUCAAUGUGACCUGUGCAGCUAUCCAGUGCACGGUGCCUCCUGGCAAUGGGACUAGUGCUUUGAGGCUAAGAGUAGAUGGCAUUGUCUAUUAUCUUGGAAGAAUAACUUUCAGUGAGGAGUUCACCCUGGCUUUCCUUUCACUUGUGCCAGCUGGUCUCCUUUUAACGAUGACCAUAUCACAGGUCUUAGGGACGGACAGCAUCCGCAUAUUUGUUGGGGACUUUGCUUGUAGUGAUAUCACCAUCACUCAGUCUACUCUGCAGUGCUCAGCUCCUCCACUCCCUGCUGGCGAGUACCACGUAUCGGGCCUGGAUGUCCUCAGGGGCUGGGCUUCCUCUAACUUGACGUUCAUCUCUCAGCUGUCAGUAACAUCUGUGCAUCACAACUGGGGUGGCUUGAAUGGAGGAGCAGUUCACCUGCAUGGAACUGGCUUUUUUCCAGGCCAGACUUCGGUCACCAUCUGCGGCACCCCUUGUGAAAUUCUGGGCAACAUGACAACGACUGACCUGAGCUGCCUUGUCCCACGCUUACACGCAUCUUUGGCCAUUCUUUGUGGCCUGACGCACUCUGCGGUCGACUGCCAAGAAGCUGAGGCCACGUUCAUCAAAUGUGAUAUCCAGGUCACGGUGGCUUCCUACCUCCAGAGACUGUCUGUGUUUUACUUGUACCUGUGUGAUGACCGUGGACCACAGUGGCACCGGGGUGACAUCGACGCAUCCCAGAGGCGUUUUGCUGGACUCUUUGUUAGCCCUAAAGUGGAAAGAGAUGAAGUUCUCAUCUAUAAUAGCUCCUGUAACAUUACCAUGGAAACUGAGGCAGAGAUGGAGUGUGAGGGAGCUAAUCAGCCAAUUACCGCCAAGAUUACUGAGAUAUGGAAAAACCGGGGCCAGAACACUCAGCUUCCCCUCCAGUUUUGUGGCCGGUGGGCUGAGGACUGCAGCUGGCCUGCUGGCCACCAGCCGCGAGAUGGCGAUAACGUCACGAUAGAAGGAGGCCGGACGCUGCUGCUGGGGACCACCACCAACCACCUCAACCUGCUGCAUCUCAAAGGUGGUAAACUUGUAUUUACUGGUCCUGGACCUGUAGAACUGCAUGCUCAUUACAUCCUGAUAUCUCAUGGAGGAGAACUCCAUGUGGGAUCCUCCAAGGCCCCUUUCCAUCACAAAGCACACAUCUAUCUGUACGGAAGCCUCCAUUCUCCACCAAUAUUUCCAUAUGGGAUCAAGUUCCUGGCAGUGAGGAAUGGGACCCUUUCCAUGCAUGGCUGGAUGCCCAAAGUAGCUUUCACACACUUGAAAUCAUCAGCUUGUGUUAAUGACACUCGAUUAGUGCUACAGGAACCUGUUGACUGGCAGCCUGGUGAUGAAAUCAUUGUGGCAGGGACGGGCCUUGGCGAUGCACCACAGCAAGAGGAAAUGGCCAUUAUUGAAUCUGUGAACAACACUGAACUCUACCUUAAGUCACCGCUCAGGUAUUUUCACAACGUUGGAGAGGAAUGCGUGAAUGGCCAGGGACCACCUUUGAGUGCUGUGGUGGCACUGAUUAGCAGAAGAAUUGUAGUUCAAGGAAACGUCACGAGGGAGAGGAUGUCCCACCUUAGACAGUGUGCAAAAGCAGGUGUUUCAGGAGGCGGCUCCAGGUGUCCGUACCAGCGAAGCGAGAGGAAGCUGGGAUCUCGGGAUCUGGGGGCCAUCAUGGUUGUGAAGGCCUUCCAGGGAGAGGAGAAUCACCUCUGGGUGGAGGGGGUCCAAUUCCGGCACAUGGGCCAAGCGUUUCAGCAGCACCGCGGUGCCCUGACCAUCACUGGCAAUGCACGGAUGGCAGACUCUUACCUACGUGGCUGCUGCAUUUUGGACUCCUUCAGUCGAGGACUCCGUCUGACUGGGAUCUCAAACCUUACAGUGGACAGUAAUGUUUUCUGUAACAUUUCAGGCCAUGGGCUUCUACUGGGUGAGGGACUGGAAAAGGGGAACAGAAUUAGUAACAAUAUAGUGACUGGCCUUUCUGGAACAGAUGGUUUAUCCAACAUUGAAACACUGUCACCGGCAGGGAUGUACAUCAAGGCUCCUGCCAACCACAUAGAGGGUAACAUGGUGUGUGCUGCUGGGUACGGGUAUCUAUUUCAUCUCUUCCCUGAGGGACCAUCCCGGAUACCUCUUCUCUCCUUUAGUGAGAACAUAGCACAUUCCUGCACAAGGUGUGGUUUGCUGGUGUAUCCAGAAUAUUUGCCAGCGAGCCUGGACAGCCCCGUGCAGUUCCACAGCUUCACAGCUUGGAGCAAUCAAGGUGGAGCCCAGAUUUUUAGCAGCAGCAAUGUUGAACUCCAGAGUUUCCAGAUUUAUGCUUGCAAAGACUUCGGCAUUGACAUCGUAGAAAGCCUGGGAAAUACUUCUGUAACUAACAGCUUUUUAACUGGACACUUUGGGCAAAAGGAUAGGACCUGUAUGUCAGCAGGACUAAAAAGUCCCAAAAGAUACCAGCUGUUCAUCUCCAACACAACUUUCAAGAACUUUGAUGUAAGCACUUGUGCAGCAAUCGAGACCUGUUCUGGCUGUUACCAAGGGCAGGGUGGGUUCACAGUGAGAGCUGAACGGCUGACCUUUCUCAACGCGCCUUAUCAAGUGUCCUUCCCCUUUCCUCACUCUGCCAUCCUUGAGGAUCUUGAUGGCUCUGUCACAGGGCACGAAGGCAGUCAUCUCCUCCCUUCCACAGACAUCCUUGCAAUGUCUUGUGCAAGCAGUGCCAACUUCAGUCAAGCUUCCAGAGGCAGCGUUUGUGGGAGGGACCUUGUCUUUCACCGUAUGUCUAUAUAUCUAAAAGAGGCUCCAGACAUUCCUUAUAAUUUAACUGUGACUGACAGUAGGAAUAAGACAACCACAGUCAAUUACGUCCCUGAUACUCUAUCAAACCUGUAUGGCUGGGUGGUUCUUCUCUUGGAUAAAGAGACUUACUCUCUGACAUUCGACAACCCUUUGGUCAGCAAACAGCUCCAGUAUUCAGCGGCAUUCAGCAACUUCACAACAGGGAAUUACCUACUGGUGGAACACAAGAAUCUUCCUGCCUAUACUGAGGUCGUGGUAUCCUGUGGGACAAGGACUGGAUCGCCGCUCCAAUCGCUUCCUUCCUACGGUCAUCAUCGGAGCUGUGACUGGUAUCUCGAUAGCAGAUUGAGGAAGUUAACCUAUUUGGUCUCAGGAGCUGACUUAAUUCAGGUCACAGUGAAAGAGAAAGCGAGAGUGGCUUUACCUACAUCAGUUCCUUCUGAUGCUGUCUUGAAAUGGUCGCACCCUGAGACAUGGAAUGAUGUGGGAAAAGCCUGGGGUGGAUCCAACAACAGCAUCCCUGGUCCUGGGGAAGAUGUCAUCAUCUUACCUAACCGGACCAUCCUGGUGGAUAUGGCUCUUCCCCCUCUGAGGGGUCUCUACAUCCUGGGGACCCUCGAGUUCCCCAGCAAUUCCAGCAACAUCCUGAGCACUGCCUGCAUCGUGGUGGUGGGGGGAGCGCUGAAAGUGGGUUCUUUUCAGCAUCCUCUAGAAAGAAGUUUAAAAUUACUGAUACUUCUUCGGGCAUCUGAGGGAAUUUACUGUGAUCGUCUGGAGGGAAUAAAUAUUCACCCAGGAACUAUUGGGGUUUAUGGAAAGGUGCAAAUUCAUAGUGCUUAUCCUGGGAGGUCUUGGACACACUUGGGAACUAACAUUGCACCUGGCAAUGAAAGAAUUUUGGUGGAGAAUGAAGUGGACUGGAAUCAUGGUGGGCAUAUUGUGAUCAGCUCUUCCUCUUAUGAAGCCCACCAAGCUGAAGUAGUUACACUUAAAGAAGUAAAUGGUCAUAGCAUCAGGAUUCAUGAACGCCUUCUCCACAGACAUAUUGGGCGUCCCCAUGACACAGAAGAUGGUAGACACAUCCCUUUGGCUGCAGAGGUUGGGCUUCUAACACGCAACGUGCAGAUCAAGUCUGAUGUGGCCUGUGCUGGGAGGAUGAUGGUGGGACGUUUUAGAGAUUCCAGUGGAACAGAGUUUGAAGGUGUCCUCCAACUCUUAAAUAUUGAAUUUUUGAACUUUGGGCCCCCUCAGCUUUCUGCCAUUGAAUUCAGGAAUAUAACCCAAGGAUCGUUGGUUGUCUCAUCGAGCAUUCACAGUACCUGCGGAGGUGGCAUUAAAGCAGUCAUGAGCAAUGGGAUCUUGUUGCAUGAGAACAUGGUGUUCAACACAGUUGGACCUGGCAUUGAUCUGGAAGGGCAAAAUCAUUCUCUCAUCAGAAACCUUGUCAUUCUGAGCAGGCAGCCAGAAGGGUUAUUAAACUGGGUUGCUGGCAUCAAGGUGAAUCUUGUCAUUGGUGUCUCCCUCCACGGCAAUGUUGUGGCAGGAUCUGAGCGGAUUGCCUUCCAUAUCAGGGGUCAAGAGUGCUUGCUUGAUGAAGAUUAUUGCAGUGAAAAUGUGGCCCAUUCAAGUCUCCAUGGUGUUCAUCUAUACAGGGGAGACGGAUUUCAGACCUGCACUAAAAUCACAGGAUUUCUAUCCUACAGGAAUUACGACUAUGGUAUCAUGUUCCACCUUGGAAGCAGUGUCAUUGUGGACAAUGUGGUGCUGGUGGACAACACCAUAGGUCUCAUGUCAGUAGUGUACUGUCUAUAUGCUGAGCAGUGCCACACGGGGAGAAGAUACAUAGAACUUAGAAACUCUGUCAUUGUCGCAACAAGCUCAACUUUCGACUGCAUUAAGGACAGGAUCCAACCUCUCUCAGCCGAUCUAACUUCCAGGGAUCGACCACCGUACUACCCCCGCAGAGGCCGUGUUGGGAUUCUAUGGCCUACAUUUACCACCACGUUCAGCCAAAGGCCAGAUGACCCAUGGCACAAAAUUGGGCAUUGUCCAACGUUACCAGGACUCAUGAAGCUAAAAGAAGUAACCUUUACUGGUUUUACAAAGAGCUGCUAUAGUGAAGACAGAGAUGUCUGCAUCAUGUCCAAUGCUGACCGGUUAGGAGUCGCGUCUCUUAUCACAGCAGAGAGAUCAAGGAUGUUACAAGUCAAUGAAAAGGACAAGUUCUACUUUCAUCAGCCACCAGCAAGUGUACAUACCUCUGAGGACACCACGCUCCUUGAGAAGAGAUGCAGAAGUUCGAGAAAGGCGCUUUUCAAGGAUUUGGAUGGAGGUACCCUGGACCUAGAACCACCUGUUUCUGUUUUUCCCAAGUCAGAAUUUGAAUGGACACAGUUCUACUCCCAAGCUGGAAUUUACAGAGAUGACAGCAAGUGUAUCUUCAAGCCCUCAGUACAAGGCUACUUCUGCAAGCAGACGGAUCAUGCACUUGUCAUCCUUGAAAACCUGGACCCCAGUAUAGUCAACCAGAGACUGUCUCCAGUGGUAGCAAUGACUGGCAGCUUUAUGGAUACUUUCAGUGAUGUGACUUCAAAUGCAAAUUGUUAUCCGGCAGAGCAUCCUCCUGCUUUCUCUUCUGUCUUGCCAUCCAACAAACUCACUACAGUUUGUUUCCCUGACCUAGCACCUCUGACUUUCAGACUUUACCUUCUCAGUGGCCAAAACUCAACCAGGUUGCCCCUUGCUAUAUUCUACAAUGAACCUCUCAGCCUUCGAGUUUUCAUUCAGGGGAAGUACAUCUCUCCAACCCCAUCUUCUUUCUCACUGAAUGAAGGGGUAGGAGCCAAUUACUUCAACUUUGAGGACAACCUUCUCUAUGUUCUCCUUCAUGAAGAAGAACCUGUAGAAAUAGUCACUGGCCUUUCCCUUCACAUUGCUUUUUCUGUACCUGAGACCGUUGGAGAAGAGGGUGAGGCAAGUAUAAUACGUCAAUUAGCUGAUUUUUUGCAGGUUGGUCAUGACCAAGUCAGAAUAGUCUAUCAUGUUCUGGGAGAUGAAAGCAUAUUAAAAGUCCUCUCAUCCGAUGCUAGCAAGAGGAGAUAUCACUGCCCUGACAUGUCAUUUUGCAUGGCCUCUUAUACCAGGGCUGGCUCACGGAGAGUGGGGAGAUCAGUAAGUGCCCGAACCCUGCAGCCAUCUGAUAGAGCUGUUCCAUCAAGAGUGCUGAUCAUUGAACUCGGUGAUCCACCUGGCCAUGCAAGAAAUGAAUUUCAUCAAUCCUUGACAAGUGACAGCUUAAAAACCUUGGCCAGAACUAUUAUUAACACUCAUCAAACUGGAGACCUUCAGAGAGGCCUGGACUUACCAGUUGAUACUUUAAUGGUGACUCAGCCUGCCUUCCUGUCUGCAGGAGGAGAUAAUCACAGUGAAAGAAAUGGAAGCAGACAAAACUCUGGAACUUGCUUGUAUGUGAGGCCCUAUAACAUCUCUGUUUGGGUGCAGCCCUCGGAUGGAGAAAUGGAGAAACAGCUUCCUGUACAGCCGCAAAUCAUUUUCCUGGAUAGGAAGGGUAAGAGAGUUGACAAACUGGGGCUGCCCUCAGAGCCCUGGGUUGUAUCAGCUCACCUCAAGGGCUCCUCGGAAGCUGUGCUAAAAGGGCUCACUGAAGUACAAGUCAUAGAGGGACGUGCACGCUUUACCAACCUGGCUGUCUCCAGUGCAGGCACAAACUGGAACCUCAUAUUCACUGUCACAUCACCUCCAGGGACUAAGUUUACUGUGCUGUCUCAGCCAUUUACCAUCUUUCCUGUCCCCCUGGGAGAGAAGUCCAGCAGGAUCCGUGUUGUUAUGCUGAGUUCAGCAGCAUCUGCACUCGUCCUUGGUCUUCUUGCAUUCUGCUGUCUCAGGAAGAGCAAAAGCAACAAAACAAGGACUGAAAAGGCUAAUGUACCGCAGCAGGCAGAAGCCAGUACCAACGCACCCCAGACCCAGGCACAGCCUCGUCCAGCUCGCAUCCAGCCUUGCUGCAAUCAAGGAGAGAGUGAAUGUGACAUUUCUGCAACAGGAGAUAUGGAAGGAAACGGAACAGUGGGAGAUGCUGGAGGACAAUCAAAGGAGCUGAACCUACAGCCACUUGAAGCCAGGUCGAAUGGAAAGACAAACACUGUCCAGCGUAAGACAGGUCAUAGAGACAUCUUUUCUACGGCUAGGAAAAAUGACGGUCACCAACAGCCAUGUGGAGGAGUGUCCCUUGGUGACUCUCUGGACCUGCAGCAGCUGGCUGUCCCAGGGCUCUCCAGCUGGAAGGAUGACCCCCAGCCUUCAGCUGGUCACAGCGAGGAAAGGGAGGAGGCUGAAAGGGUGCCAAAACUUCAGAACAACACCAGAGAGGAGAUUGCGACGGGAGCAGCAGAUGUGUAGGAGAACUGAUGUGAGGUGGUAGAACACCAACAAAGCAAACUUCCUCUGGGUUGCAGUCAACGCCAGCCUAAGUCUCUUUUUUUCUCGAUGGUCAGAGAAAAGCAUACACAUAUUAACACUGGAAAUCAGCCUGUCCUGCUGCACACAUAAAAAUAAAACUAUAUCUAGACUUGUUACCUGCUUCUGAAGCCAGCAGGGAGGCUCUGACCAUGUCCAUGGUGUUAAACUCUCUUAGAGGCAUAUUCAAACUGCCUGUUGAGAAUGUCCUUGGCUUCUGAUGCCUCCAGAACUGUCUCCAAGGAUUUUUUGGGGGAGUGCUAUUUGGCUUAGACCAAAAGCAUCUGACGGAUUAGCCUAACGAUUCAGCACUACAGAUGAUUGAGUUCCUAUCCCCACAUCCUGACAUUGUUUAAUUUUUUAGCAUUGAUGUAUUCUUAGUGGCUAGAGCAAUGCCCGUUGGUGUGUAUGUCUGUGUGUGUGUGUGCAUGUGUGUGUGUAUAGAUACAUAUGCAUAUCUUUAUACACACACACAUAUUUACAUAUAUAUAUACACCAAUAAACGUAUGUGUAUAUGUACAUAUCCACAUAGUAAGUUGUAUAUGUUCUGCUCUUGUCCUUAGCUUGUGAUUCAAAGAACUUUGGUAUAUUCUUUUUUUUUUUACUUUUCUGAGGAAAAAAAUAGUCAAAUAUGUAUUCACCUUCCAUUUCCUUGUGACUUUAGCAAGUGCUUCCAGGCUAUCCUAGUUAAAACUGUGUUUUAGAUUUUUUUUUCUUUUUAAUUAAACAGUGUUUUGCUGAGUUAGAUUCCCCACAUUGUUGCUGUUUUGCAAUACCUUUAAAUCACUGGCUUGUUAUGAAGACUGCUUUUUAUGAAUGAUAAUAAUAAUAAUAAUGUGCUUCAGUUGUUCAGAAGAUUCCUCUGUGCUUUGCUUUACUGAGCUGAAAGAUGAGGAACUUUAUUACGCCCUCUCUGUAUCAUAAAAUUCUUGGUUGCAAGGUGUCCUGGUGGCACAAGAUAAAAUUUUUAUUCCUCUGCAGAACACAUACUUAAGCAGGAAGAUGAAGCUUCUGGCUAGACCAAUAGUGGAAACUGAGGUAAGAAACCUCAACUUGAAAAAAAAAAAAAAGAAGCUUCUUCAGCUGAAAGACUCCUGCUGUGUAAAAACAUCUAAAACUGGUUAUUAGCUGUAGAUGGAAGAAACAGUCUCCAGAUCAUUUCACCAAAGCUGAAUGUCUCUGCAAGUGAUGUCUUGAAAAGUGAUCACUUCUCUUACUUACUUCUCCAGGCAUAAAGGUCUUGUUCCAGACUUCUCAGGUAGGUUCACAUCAGUUUAAGCCCUAAGGGAGGCCCAAAUUGUGUAUAAAUAUCACCACCCUGGCCCAUGCACAAGGUGCUAUUGGCUUCCAGAGGUAUAAGUAUGCACACCCCGAACACGUGCUGAAGAGUGAAGCUGUGCAUAAACCCACUCCACAUGCUGUGAACAGGAUGCAGAAGGUUACCCAGAACACAGAUUGCAUCUAUGCUAGUAUAUAAAACAGACUGCCUUCUGCCCUCUGACCCUGAGACCUAAUGGCACAGCCAGUUCCUGUCUGCAGAACUUAACUGUCUUCCAAAUUGGAUGACUUCAUUUAUACUCAUUAUCCUGGCCCAUGCAUGCUCUUGAACUGUGCACUGUCUGGGCAUUUUGUGGGUGAAAGCUGGUUGGAUCAGGCUGGAUAGCAGCAGAACAGUAUCGAGCCUCAACUCUGAACCUCUUAAGUCCACUAUUGCAAGCACAGCCAUGAGGACCAGUGCAUGUGUACCAUCCUACCCACGCUUCCUAGCCAAUGUAAGUAAAUCCUAUGUCAGAGGUUCGGGUCCUGUUAAAAGUAUGGGUCGUCUUCUGCUCCUGUGGCAUACCUGUAAAGGUUAAACACCAGCUGUGAUGCCAAGAAAUGGAGUCUGAGUGUCAGCUUAUUCCCCUUUAAGUGUCACUAGUUGUCAGCAGCCUUCAGUCAUUACUUUUUCUUGUAGAUAUCUGCAUAAGAAGCAGUCAGUGUAGGCUGCCUUGUAACUCAGUGGCUCUGUUAUGUGAAGUCUUUGAUUUAAUUUAGAUGUGUGCUUUAGGAUGAGAGGAAUUAUGCCACCAAAGUGCCUAAUUCUCUCCAUCAACUAUGAAGAUAGCCUAUAUGAUUAGUUCAUAUGAAGACAUAUACAUUGGUUAGAUGAACCUCAUAUUACCAGUCAUAGCUAAAUUCAAGCCUGUUAUUAGCCAUGAAAUAAUAUAUAAUGCCUUCCCCUCUUGCUCAUACCUCACAGUGUGAUAAUUCAAGAAGACCUUAGUUGAAAGGAUGGAGAUAGUCCACAUUGCUGUUUGAUUCUGAUCAACAAGGAAAUAAUUGAAACAGCUGAACUGAAAGUAAGAGCUGAUUUGCCAAACUUACUUCUUACUUCACUUCCAUCCAGACUCCUAGAGGUGACUCCCAUUUCAUUCAUAUUUUAGGAUCUUUUAGGUCCAUAAAGGAUUAUAGCCUCUCUUUUAUGUCUCCACUUGAAGAAAGUCACUAUACUAGUGCAAUGUCCUUCGUAUGUCACCAUGGGUAGAUUCACUGAAGCCCUUGCACUAUGUAGAGCUUAUAAGCAUCAUUUUCAAGUGAAAUCAGAGUAAUUUUAUGCUGAUCCAGGCUUCUGGCUGACUGUGCUAGAGCUUUACUAGCUUAAAAAAGCCAAGGAUGAGGGCCAUAGAGUCUUCCAUAAUACGGACCUGGAUUUUUUUCCAGCAUUUCCUGCAGAACCCAAAAUGUUCUUCAAUGUGAAUACACACAGUAGAGCUCUAAGCCUCAUGGUUCAGAGUAUGAGUAAGAAGACAUAACUUGUAAAGACAUCCAGCUUUGGUGAAAUGAUUCAGACACCCUUCCUUUCCCUCAUAACUGAUAUCCAGUUUUAGAUGCUGUGACAUGGUAGGACAUCCUUUUCUAUCUGCAGAAAUAAACUUCCUCCAUCCUCUGAUCACCUCUCCUCUUAAGUAGUUCUACUCCUGGCAAGUGAGUCCAUCACAUCCAAGCACUGUGAAAGCAAAAAGUACAUAAUUACAAAUGUCAGGAUGUAUGUAAAUAACAUGCAAAUAAUAUUGAAUGUAAAUGAUAUUCAAAAAUUAUACAAUGGAGCCUUCUAUUUGGAAAAAAAAAUCAGACAUAUUGGAAACAGUUAAGGGUUUUAAUUAAUCCUUUAAUUCAGAAUCCUUGCAUUUAUCCAUACUUUGUUUACAGGAUAAAUAAUGUCUUGUAUGUCUAGACCUCUAAUGGAAUAAGCAGAGCUAAAAAAUCUUUAACUGCAGCAUUGUUGAUCUUGAUUUCCCACACUGCUGUGUAUUAAUUUGAGUGUUGGAGCAUGGGAAACAUUCGGGGAGAAAGUGAAAUAAAACAUGAUUGCAAUACAAA